AAUUCAUUUUUCUUUUACGUGCUGGAUUAGUCACUGGCGUGAAAACGUGUUCUAUAUUUUAUAUAUUUCUGUUCUUUGGUAAAUUAUUAUACUGACUAGAAAUGCAGAUAAUCCAGUAUGAUGAACUUAUCAUGGAUGAAGAUAAAAUUGGAGAGGGUGGCUUUGGAGUUGUCUACAGUGGAAAAUAUAUGGGCGAGAAGGUGGCUAUUAAACAACUAAUAGGGCACAUUGACAAGGAGGAAGCAAUUCGGAAAGAGGCCACGUAUCAGGAAAUGGUCAAUGGUCAUGAGAACUGCGUCAAAUUGUUUGGUUAUUCGACUUUCGAAGGCAACACCUACUUGGUAAUGGAGUAUAUGGCUGGUGGAUCCUUGUGGCAUCUUAUGCAUAAGACCAGCAUCCCAUACAGCUAUGCGGAGGGCAUUGGGUGGUUAUGCCAGGGAGCGCAGGCAUUGGCUUAUCUUCGUGCGCAUUCAGUGAGAGGCUACAUUCAUCGGGACGUUAAACCCUCCAAUAUGUUACUAGACGGUGACAGAAAGACUUUGAAAAUAUGUGAUUAUGGCCUUAUGCGAAAUGUGAAAACCAACAUGACAAGCUAUGUGGGCACUGCAAUUUAUAUGGCACCCGAGGUUUUAAAUGGCAAGAAAUAUGAUGAGAAAUGUGAUGUGUACAGCUUUGGCAUUACAAUCUGGGAAGUUUUCAUGCGUAAGAUGCCAUACGAAGAUAUUAUCAAAGAAAUUAGACUUACCGAACUCUUAAAAAAAAUUGAUACGGAGGAUCUGCGGCCCCCUAUUGAUGCUGCAAUCCCCAAAGACAUUCGGCAACUGAUACGGGAGUGCUGGGAUAAAGAUUGCGAUAAACGACCUUCUAUGCAAGAUAUUGCGGACAGGUUGAGAAAACAAUCUACAGUGUCUCCCAGCAAAAAAUGUAAGGUGCUAUAAAUUUUAAACAAAGAACUAAAAGUGCGCAAUCCGAGAAUGUCCGACUUUGAAAAUUGCUUUAGAAAACAUUCGUACUUGUACACAUAAAGAUACAUAUGUUUGAGUUGUCUGUAUUAUAAAAAUACAAUGUGAAUUGCUAUACACCAGUUCAUAAAUCAGUUUAUCUUGAUAAAACCA